AUGAAUGUUGAAGAAGAGGUAGAGAGACUCAAAGAAGAAAUCCAGAGACUUGGCAAGGUCCAACCUGAUGGUUCCUACAAGGUUACUUUUGGUGUGUUGUUCAAUGACGAUAGGUGUGCAAACAUAUUUGAAGCACUGGUAGGUACACUAAGAGCAGCAAAGAAGCGUAAACUUCUUACAUAUGAUGGUGAGUUGUUGCUACAAGGCGUCCAUGAUAAUGUGGAAAUCAUUCUCAAGGCAGCACCCAUCCCAGCAUCAGAAGCAGCAACUGAUUCAGUUGUAAAGAAUUAA